CUGCACUCUAUAAUGCACAGCUAGCUAGCCAGCUAAUGACGAAUGAGUGAAUGUCAACAUGGCGCACUGGUUCCACAGAAAUCCUCUGAAGGCAACUGCACCAUUAAAUUUUGAUCUUGGACGUCAGGCUUCAACUUCAUCAGCAAGGAAAGUUUGUAGUGAUAUCCGUGUGGCACGUGCACAACUUCUAGACCUCUUGCCGAAUCCAGGUCACGAUGUGUCAGUAGUGAAAAAGGCUAGUGAGAGGUAUAUGAGCUACCUUGAAGGAUUCAUAACAGCAGUAGAGGACUCCAAGACAAGCACUGAUCAGCCCCAGCAGCAGACAGGAGAAGAUGUGGGUAAACUGACACUACAGGAAACGAACAGUGAUGGAGCAGGCAAAAACACUGGACAGAGUAAACUUCGCAAUGCUGUCAAAAUCACAUGGACAAAUUCACUGGGAGGAAAAAACAUAUCCCAGAAUGACUUCCUCUUUGAGCAAAUAAAUAUGCUUUUCAACAUUGCUCUGUGGUUGACUAAGCACGCAGCAAAGCUGUCAAGUAGCAGUGACGAAAUAUCUGAAGAUGAUGCCAAAGAAGUCCACAGAAGUUUGCGUGAGGCAGCUGGUAUUUUCAAGCAUAUUGAGGAUAAUAUGCUGAACAAGUUGUAUGAAACACCUGGCGAUGGUUGCGAUCUAGAUCAGAGAAUCCUGUCUGCAUAUGAGAUACAGUGUAAAGCUGAAGCACAAGAAGUGACUCUUGCAAGGGCUAUUGAGUUGAAGCACACCACCAGCCUCAUUGCAGCCUUAUCCCUUGAGACAAGUAGAUUAUUCACGACUGCUGAUGAUGCAAUCAAAUCCCUGGAUGAAAAGCUGGUUAUGAAGUGGAGGAAAUACUUUCAAUUCAAAAGUGUCUUCUACCAGUCAUAUGCACACUGCUACAAUGGCAAUGCAUUACUGGCCAAAGAUAAGGGAGGAGAGGCUGUCAGAUCAUUAAAAGAAAGCAUGGCAUUGUUUCAGAAGGCAGAUAGUUUGGCCAAGGAGUAUGCAAAAACCAAAGGUCCUGGUGUAGUAGCCAAACCGCAGCAACAUCCCUUUUUCUUGCGUUUGGGACCCAUCGUACAUAGAAUUCUGGAGAAAACAGAGAGAGAAAAUGGCAUGAUAUAUCAUGAGAAAGUUCCAGAAGAGCUUCCUGAAAUAGACUCAAAAAUGAAGUUUGGGUUAGCCAACCCAGUGGAGUAUGAAGUACCUGUAAGGACCCCUGAGUGGUCUGCUGUUGUCUACAAUGGCUUUGUCACUUCUCCUACAAAUGAGAAAGCAAAUGACAAAGAAGAUACUGUGAAGUCUGUGAAGGAAAUUCCUGUAGAAGAAACAGACAAGCAUCCUGGCAACACCACGGGAUGUGCAAUUUCAUAAGUGUACAGUCACGAUUCAAGUUUGUGUCUGGAAGGAAGUAAGCUUUAGAUUGUUGUUGAUACAGAAACCUUUUAAAGAUGUACUGUCCUUGCUAUGUUCAAGAUUCAACCCGUAAAGAAAAUUUAACCCAGGUUUUAGAGUAACAGGUAGUAACCAUAAUUCAACUAUCAAAAUUUAAAUGUAAAUAUAUGAAGCAAUUCUUCACACUCUUAUUUCUUUUGAUAAUAAAAUGCAUGCUACUUCAUAGUCAUUUAA